UUCACACACCCUGUGAAGAUAACAAUGGUGGCUGUUCCCAUUUGUGCCUCUUGUCUCCACAAGACCCUUUUUACAGCUGCAACUGUCCCACCGGAGUCCAGCUGGAAGAAGACGGCAGGACCUGCAAAGCAGGUGCUGAAGAAGUGCUUUUGCUUGCCAGGAGAACAGACUUACGAAGGAUUUCAUUGGACAUGCCGGACUUUACCGAUAUUAUUCUGCAGAUAGACAAUAUUAGGCAUGCUAUUGCAAUAGACUAUGAUCCUGUUGAAGGUUAUAUAUAUUGGACUGAUGAUGAUGUCAGAGCCAUUCGUCGGGCUUUCCUUGAUGGUUCUGGAGCCCAGACCCUUGUGACAACUGAAGUAAAUCACCCUGAUGGAAUAGCAGUGGACUGGGUGGCUAGAAACUUGUACUGGACUGACACUGGAACAGAUCACAUUGAGGUUACACGGUUGAAUGGGACUUCAAGAAAGAUCUUAAUAUCUGAAAACCUAGAUGAACCCAGAGCAAUAGUACUCAAUCCGGUGAUGGGCUAUAUGUACUGGACAGACUGGGGUGAAAAUCCGAAGAUUGAAUGUGCUUAUCUGGAUGGCUCAGAGAGGAAGGUCUUGGUGAACACGUCUCUAGGGUGGCCCAAUGGUUUGGCACUGGAUAUUGAAGAACACAAACUAUAUUGGGGAGAUGCAAAAACGGACAAAAUUGAGGUGAUAAACAUGGAUGGUACCAUGAGAAAAACGCUCAUAGAAGAUAAGCUUCCACAUAUAUUUGGGUUUACUUUGCUUGGCGACUACAUCUAUUGGACAGACUGGCAGAGGCGAAGCAUUGAAAGAGUUCAUAAAAUCCGAGCAAGCAGGGACAUCAUCAUUGAUCAGUUGCCAGACUUGAUGGGCCUUAAAGCAGCAAGUGUCACCAAAGCAGCUGGAACAAAUCCGUGUGCCGAGAACAACGGAGGCUGCAGCCACCUGUGUUUCUUCACACCUCAGGAGUGCAGAUGUGCCUGCCCCAUCGGGUUGGAGCUACUUAGCGAUAUGAAGACUUGCAUCAUUCCAGAAGCCUUCCUUGUUUUCACCAGCAGAGCGGCCAUUCAUAGGAUUUCUCUUGAAACAAACAAUAACGAUGUCGCUAUUCCUCUUACUGGCGUCAAAGAAGCUUCUGCUCUUGAUUUUGAUGUGUCUGACAACAGAAUCUACUGGACAGAUAUCAGUUUAAAGACGAUAAGCCGGGCUUUUAUGAAUGGAAGUGCUGUUGAGCAUGUAAUUGAAUUUGGAUUGGAUUACCCUGAAGGAAUGGCAGUCGACUGGAUGGGGAAAAACCUUUAUUGGGCAGAUACCGGAACGAAUAGAAUCGAAGUGGCACGCCUGGAUGGCCUGUACCGGCAAGUUCUUGUGUGGAAGGAUUUAGACAACCCAAGAUCUUUGGCCCUUGACCCAUCUAAAGGGUACAUGUACUGGACAGAGUGGGGAGGCAAACCAAAGAUUGUUCGGGCUUACAUGGAUGGGACAAACAGUAUCACUCUAGUGGACAAAGUAGGACGUGCCAAUGAUCUCACUAUUGAUUAUGAAGAUCAAAGACUCUAUUGGACCGACCUGGACACGAGCAUGAUUGAAUCAUCAAAUAUGCUAGGACAAGAACGGGAAAUAAUAGCAGAUGAUCUACCUCAUCCUUUUGGGCUUACUCAGUACAGUGACUUCAUCUACUGGACGGAUUGGAACCUUCACAGUAUAGAAAGAGCAGACAAGACAAAUGGGAGGAACCGUACGCUAAUUCAGGGGCGUUUGGAUUUUGUGAUGGACAUAUUGGUCUUUCAUUCUUCACGACAGGAUGGCUUGAAUGACUGCAUACAAAACAAUGGUCACUGUGGACAGUUGUGCCUUGCCAUACCAAAUGGCUAUAGAUGUGGAUGUGCAUCUCACUAUACCUUGGAACCCAACAGCCGGAACUGCAGCUCACCCAGCAGUUUCUUGCUGUUCAGUCAGAAGACAGCAAUUAGUCGAAUGAUACCAGAUGAUCAGCAGAGCCCAGAUAUCAUCCUUCCUAUUCAUGGAUUAAGAAAUGUCAAGGCUAUCGAUUAUGAUCCCUUGGAUAAAUUGAUCUAUUGGGUGGAUGGACGACAGAAUAUUAUUAAAAGAGCCAAAGAUGAUGGCACUCAGCCUUUCACAAUCAUGAGUACUCCCAACCAAAGUCAAAAUCCAGAGAAGCAGCCACAUGACCUGAGUAUUGACAUUUACAGCCAUACUUUGUUCUGGACCUGUGAAGCCACCAAUACGAUCAAUGUCCACAGACUUGAUGGAGAACAGACUGGAGUGGUGCUGCGGGGAGACCAUGAUAAACCAAGAGCCAUCAUCGUAAAUGCCGAGCGAGGAUAUAUGUAUUUCACCAAUAUGCAAGAACGAGCCCCAAAGAUUGAGCGCGCAGCCCUGGAUGGCACAGAACGAGAGGUGCUCUUCACAACUGGCUUACUCCGUCCAGUUGCUCUAGUGAUUGACAACAAGCUUGGGAAACUCUUUUGGGUGGAUGCAGAUCUCAAACGGAUCGAAAGCUGUGAUUUAUCAGGAGCUAAUCGCGUGACACUACAGGACUCCAACAUUCUUCAGCCAAUGGGAUUGACAGUGCUGGGAAACCAUCUAUACUGGAUUGACCGUCAACAGCAGAUGAUAGAAAGAGUUGAGAAAACCAAUGGAUACAGGAGGACCAGAAUACAAGGGCGAAUUGCUCACCUGACAGGCAUCCAUGCUGUGGAAGACAUCGACAUGGAGGAAUUCUCUGCCCACCCGUGUUCGCGAGGUAAUGGUGGAUGUUCACACAUCUGUAUAGCAAAGGGAGACGGAACUCCAAGGUGCUCCUGCCCGGUUCACUUGGUACUUCUGCAGAACCUCUUAACGUGUGGAGAACCUCCGACCUGCUCCCCUGAUCAGUUCACAUGUGCAACUGGAGAGAUCGACUGCAUCCCUAUGGCCUGGCGAUGCGAUGGAUUCUCUGAAUGUGACGAUCGGAGUGACGAGGAUAGCUGUCCAAUAUGCUCAGCGGCCCAGUUUCAGUGUGAGAAAGGGCAGUGCAUUGAUGCCCGGUUGAGAUGUAAUGGAGAAAUAGACUGCCAGGAUAAAUCCGAUGAAGCAGACUGUGAGAUGAUUUGUCUUCCAAAUCAGUUCCGAUGUGCCAGUGGCCAGUGUAUCCCCACAAAACAGCAAUGCGACUCAUUUCCAGAUUGCAUUGAUGGUUCUGAUGAACUUGCAUGUGCAAAAAGUAAAUCCUCUUCAGAUGAAUCUCAACCUCACAGUAGUGCCAUUGGGCCUGUCAUUGGUAUCAUUCUGUCUCUUUUUGUCAUGGGAGGAAUGUACUUUGUUUGCCAGCGCGUGGUAUGUCAGCGCUAUGCUGGGCCAAAUGGACCUUUCCCACAUGAAUAUGUCAGCGGUACACCUCAUGUCCCAUUAAAUUUUAUUGCUCCAGGAAGUUCUCAACAUGGCACUUUCACAGGCAUCUCAUGUGGAAAAUCUAUGAUCAGCUCCAUGAGCCUCAUGGGAGGAAGCAGUGGUGCCCCUCUUUAUGACAGAAACCAUGUAACUGGGGCCUCUUCUAGUAGCUCGUCCAGCACUAAAGCCACUUUCUAUCCACAGAUUCUCAACCCACCACCUUCGCCAGCAACUGAUCGCUCCUUGUACAACACUGAAAUGUUCUACUCGUCAAACAUUCCUUCAACAACAAGAUCUUAUAGGCCGUAUCUUAUUAGGGGCAUAGCUCCGCCAACAACCCCGUGCAGCACUGAUGUUUGUGACAGUGACUACACCACGAGCAGAUGGAAAGCGAAUAAAUACUACAUAGAUCUGAACUCAGACUCAGACCCCUACCCUCCGCCCCCUACCCCUCGCAGCCAGUACAUGUCCGCCGAAGAGAGCUGCCCACCAUCUCCCGCUACCGAGCGGAGUUACUUCCACCUCUACCCACCUCCACCUUCUCCUUGUACAGACUCGUCAUGAUUUCAGCCGAAGGGACUUUCUUUGCGUGUAAAUAUAUUUUAAAUACGAACAAAGA